GUCCUCUCUCCGCCGCCGGCCGCAACCGACCUCAACUGUCAUGACCAUGUGAGCGCAAUCGCUCACUGAAGCCCUACACCCAGCCCAACAACACCGACAAGCGGCUCGGCUCACUGGCAGCCCCCCUCCCUCCCUCUCUGUGACUUUCUCUCUCUACUCUAUGCUGACAUCUCCCCUCUGCUGACGUCUGUCCUCUUGCUGAGGGGUUUUGCGCCCCUGUUUCCCCCCCUCGCAAAGGCAGCCGUCGUGAGCUCCCUUCUUCCCUCUCUCCCUCAGCGCACAUUAUUAUGAUGGAGGGCCGCUGGCUGAUAGAGCAAGAGCGCCAGCCGACUCGCGCCAAGCCUGCCUGCCACGGGCAGGCGUCCGCCUCCCCUCCCACCUCAUCGGCAGCAAGUCCGCUACCCAACCCGCCCGCCUAUGUGUCGCUCUGCUCGUGCUGCUCGGACAUCUCGUCGCCUGUCCUCAGCACGCCAUCCGCCCCCGCCCGUGUGGACUUCGAGCGUUCUGACAGCUCCGCGACGCAGCUGGACGAAAGAUGGGGCGCGCUGCGUCUGAAGGGCCACGGCGGCAUCGGUAUGGGUGAUGGCGGUGUGUCGGUGUCCAACAACGACCUGGACCUGGACACGCCCACCACGCCGCUGCCCCCGCCCGUCUUCGACGCCCUCCCCUCCACCUCCCCCUCACACAAGAACAGCAGUCAGGUGCGGCUCCGCCUCCCAAUCGCAAACCGGCGCGAGAGCGAGUCGCUCAUGGUCGUCUGCCCAUCGCCGCAAGGCUCCUCCGGGACCAACCGCAACGCGCAGAACGCGGCAUUCCCCGCGCCGUGCAAUGGGUCGUCGACCAGCACGUCGAUAUCGACCAGGGGCAGCGCGUCGAGGCGGUCAAUGAGCAUCUCCCAGACGCCUAGCGGGGCGGGGGGCGGGGGGAGUGGGUGUGGGAGCGGAGGGAGGUGGGGUGACCUGUCGGAGUGUUCGGCCGACAAUGGGCGGACCAAAAUGACACGGGCGGCACUGGUGCUCGAGGAGGCGCUGCUCGGUGAGGGAGGGAAACUGUGUGUGGGUGAGGGUCUGUUCGGCUGCUUGGUUUGGGUGUGUUCAUGCGUGCAGAUGGUCAGAAGAUCGAAGGCUACUUUGACAUCAAGUCGGAGCCGCUCGGCAAAGGGAGCUACGGAUACGGUAGGUGCUCACCAUCCACCCACUCUCACUCGCCCACCCAGUCACCGGCCCACACACUGUGUGUGUAUCGUCUGCUGUUCAUUGCUGUGCUGUGCUGUGCAGUGUGUCGCGCGCAGGACCGCCGGACGGGUGCGUGGCGAGCGGUGAAGAUCCUCAACAAGGCGCGUAUCGAGAACCCCGUCCGCCUCAAGAGGGAAAUAGCUAUCAUGAAGAAGAUGGACCACCCUAACAUAAUGUAUGAACCUGCCUGACCCGAAAAGGGAACCGGAUGGCCAAGCGUUGUGUGCAUCACCUCGUGUGGCUGGUUGGUUUGGUGUGUGGUGUGGUGUGGUGUGGUGUGGUGUGUGCAGUAAGUUGCUGGAGGUGUAUGAGGACGACAAGCAAAUCUUUUUGGUCAUGGAGCUGUGCACGGGUGGCGAACUAUUUGAAAACAUCAUCGCCAAAGGCCACCUCAAGGAGGACGCCGCGUGCCUCCUCAUGCGCCAGCUCCUCUCGGCACUCGUCUACUGCCACGAUCGGGGUAUCGUACACAGGUACACCCUCUACCCCCAUGAUAUACACACACAUCGACGCACGUCAGUCACAUCUGCUGGUGCUAUCUGUCUGUCUGUCUGCAGGGAUUUGAAGCCCGAGAAUCUCCUCUUCUCGACCGAGGCCACCAGAGCCCCUCUCAAAAUCAUCGGUAGGCACACACGGCCGGCCACUCACACACCUGUGUGUGUGUGUGUACACGGCGGCAUCGAUGGAUGGAUGGAUGGAUGUGUGUGUUUGUGUAUGGGUAUGUCAGACUGGGGUUUCUCGACGAUGUGUCCGAAGGACCACGGUUUCUCCUCCACCGUCGGCACGCCCUACUACGUCGCCCCACAGGUGCUCGCGGGCAAAUACGACAAGUCAUGUGACCUCUGGAGCGCUGGGGUCAUCCUCUACAUACUCCUUUCCGGCUACCCACCAUUCCGUAACCACACACACACACAUCACACAUCACACCCACCAAGUGAGCAUGUGGGUGUGUGUGUGUGUGUGUGUGUGUGCAGAUGGUACGGACAACCACGAGAUUCUCAAGAAGGUCAAGUCGGGUCGGUUUGACUUCGACCCCCGCUUCUGGCGGCACAUCUCCGAGUCGGCCAAAGACCUCAUCCAGAGGCUCCUCACCUUCGACCCCAAGAAACGCGUCACCGCCAGAAAGGCCCUCCAGCACCCGUACGCUCCCUGCCCAUCUCCCUCCACACACACACCACGGACGGCUUCGCGGCCUCAUGGGCUGUUUGUUUCUUGGCUUCCCUUCUCCCCUUUCCCCCUCUCUCAGGUGGAUUCUGCAGGACUCCGCCCCGUUGUCCAUCGGUGUGUCGCACCACCUGCGGCCGGCCGUCCCUCUGCCACCGUCGACUGUCGACCGUCUGUGGCAGCGGUUUCGCGAGUACAGGGGCUUCGGCAUACUCAAGCGGCUGGCGCUCGUCGCUGCGGCCUACCAAGUGAGAGGAGGAUGGGUGGCAUGACUCUAUGCAUAUGUGUGUGUGUAUGGGUGGGGUGCGCGUGUCAGGUGGCUCAUUGGGAGGUGGAGGGCCUGCAUCAGAUCUUCACUCUGAUGGACCAUGAUGGAGACGGCACCCUCUCCAUCGAGGCAAGACACACACACACACACGCUUACACAGAGCUCUACCCGACCACAACCUUCGCCCGUCUGGCUGUCUGUCUGUCUGUCUGUCUGGCAGGAAUUCAAGCGCACCUUGCUCCCGCCGCCAUCGCAGCCCUUCAGCAACGCCACUCCCACCCUCCCCGCCCCCUCAGCCCCCUCCCCCUGCACAUACCACCACCGCAGCCGCCCCUCCCUGCAGAAGCGAGGCGUCUCACGAGCCACCCCACCCGCGCCGUUGCCGCCCACAUCCCUUCCGGCCAGCGGCGGCCUCGCCGCGCGACGCUUCUCGCUCGAGAACCGACCCUUCUCUCUCCGCGUCGACACGCAGAUCGGCAAACACCCCCACUCCCACACCCACCCCCACCCCCACCAUGAGAGCGCCCCCAGUAGUGCCAGUGCCUCUGCGUCACCGGCACCCACAACAGCACCGUUCAAGUACCCGUAUGUGACGCCGAAACAGCAGCAGCAGCAGCAGCAGGUGGUCACGCGUCGCGCGCCGCCCGCCUCGCCAUAUCUGGCGCCCAGCGACCCGCCGGCAUGGGCGGCGUCGCCCCCGGUGCUGAGCGGGAUGGACGAGAGCGACGGCGGCUGCGACAUCUGGAUGGAUGUGACGGAGGGCGCAAACCCACAACCACACGCACACACCUACGCACACAUGUGUGGAGGCGGCGGGAUGGGUGUGCGUGGCGGUUGUGGUUGUGGUUGUGGUGUUGUUGGGGAUGAGGCGGCGGGCGACUGUGAGAUGGACAUAGAGCUGCAGCUGGAACUGGAACUGGACGAACUGAUCGAGGACAUCGACACAGACGGCAACCUGCGCAUCGGUGAGGGAGCGAGCGACCACAUCCAUCCGUCCGUCCAUCCACAGAGUGUUCGCCUGGCUCUUGUCGUGUUUGCAGAUUUCACCGAAUUCCUUGGCGCGACCAUCGGCUCUGAGCUCUACGCGCAGGAAGGCGUGUGUCGGGGCGUGUUUCGGUUCUUCGACUUCGACAGGGACGGCCUCAUCACACCGUACGCCACACAUCACACAUCACACGGAUGCGCUUCUCAUGGCUUUGUGUGUGUGUUGAUGGGAUGGGCUUGGUGCCAUUUGGUGGCAGUGAGGACCUCCGGCUGGCCAUCGGUGUGGGCUACAAGGGGGUGGAGGACUCCCGCGGCACACACACUGUCGAGAACGUUGUCAAAGAGGUACGUUCCCUUGGCACCGACACACACACAUGGGCAUGCUCGUGCGGAUGCCCGUGUGUGUGUGUGUGUGUGUGUCUAUGGGGUGUGUAUGGGCUUCAGGCCAUGGUGUGUGUGGGGAUGCCCGUGUCCGGCGACCGGCCGCUCAGCCUGCCAUUCGAGCACUUCCACCGCCUCAUGCAGGGCGGCGCCACACGGACAUAAACAACACGCACACACACAUUGACCUACACUCAGACAGAUAGAUAGAGAGAGAGAGAUACAUCAAAUCAAUAAGCAUUCGGGCUUGUGAUGGUGGCGAUGGUGUUGUUUAUGCGUUGUCAUGUCAUGUGGUCAGUCGUUCGGUCGGUCGGUCGGUCGGUCUAUGGGUUUUGGGUGCAUAAUGUGUGUGAUGUGUGACGGGUGGUGGGGCGGAUGGGUUUUUGCGUAGUGAUUGGCUGACUGCUGGACGAACGAUUGGGAGGGAGGGAAGGGGAGAGGGAUACUAUCGCUCGAGCGAGAGAUGGAGAUGGAGAGAGAGAGGUGGGCUUGGAGGGAGGGGGGAAUUCACCACCCACACAUGGGGUGCAAGUGGUGGGACGCGAGAUAGAUGGAUGGAUGGAUGGAUGGAUGGAGGGCAAUUCAAAAAAAUGGGCGGCUGUGGGUUGAUUCAUACGCUGUCUGUCUGUCUGCUGGCCGUGUCUCCUUUAUUAUGGCGCAUAUCUUAGUGCUUCCGAGUCCCUAGCUGCUGUGUGUUGCAUCCCCCCCCCCCUCCCUCCCUCCACCCCAGCAACCAGUAAGAACGAUAUUGCGAUAGAUAGAUGUAGAGUAGCUGCCCUGUUUUCGAUGUGAUAAGGGCGCACACACACACGGACAAGCAGACAGACGAAUUGACCCACUCUGGCUGGCUGGCUGGCCGGUGUGGGUGGGAUGAAUGGCUGAUGAGUGGUGGGGGGUGACACCAAUCGCAUUAAUAAUCUGUCUCCCUUGAGUGGGUGCGUGUGUGUGAGAGGGUGGGUGGUGUGGUUGAUCAGAUCUGAUAUAAUCAGGGGUUUUCAUCUCUCUCUUUCUGCCCCCUGCUGAGCCUUCCUUCAUUCGAGGGCACACAAUGCUGCUGCUAUGUGUGUGUGCCGUGUGUGUAUAUGUGUGUGUAUGUAUGUGUGUGUGUGAGGGAUGGAUGGAUGGAUGGAUGGACGGCAGGCAGGCAGGUAGGCAGUGUUUUAAAGAGGGGGCUCUAUGAGACGACAGACAGACAGACAGAGAGGGAUGGAUGGAUGGAUGUGCGUGUGGCUCCUGCCCUAUGGUGAUCGUGUCCGUGUGUGUGGGCGGUUAGUGCUUCAUACAAGUGCGUGUCACAUGACCUGAAAGAUGAUGAUGUUAAGAGAGCCUUUGUUCUGUUUUAGUGAGCUCUGUGCGUGUGUGUAUGUGUGUGUAUGUGUGGUGGCAUGGAUGGCACUGUGCUGACUGACAGUGAUACAACUGGCAGGCAGGCAGCCUGAGGGGUAGUAGGUAGAAGAAACAACACACACACACACAUACAUGAGCCAAGAAGGCUCACAAAAAACAAACUUAUGUGUGUUAAGCUCUCUGAGAAGAAGACAAAUCAAAGGAGGAGGACAUUGAUUGAUUGCAUUGCGGGGAUGGAUAUCUUGAGGGAGGAGGGAGGGCGCAUAGGCAGGCAGACAGACAGCACACACACAGAGUAGUACCCUGCCAACGAGAGAAAGAGAGAGAGAGAGAGGAAAGGAAAGGUUUGGAGGGGGCGCUUGCUGCUCACUCUGCUGUGCUGUGCUGUUCUGUGCUCUGCUGUGCUGCGCUUUGCUCGGUGGUGUUUUUAUAGCUAUCCAUCUAUCCAUCCAUCCAUCCAUCCAUCUCUUGUGGCUGGCUGCUGUGUGGAUGUUUGUGUGGAUGGGCUGCCGGCUCACACGAAUUGAGAGCCCUGCCUGCCUGCCUCCCUGCUGUUGAACGGAGCACAGAUGGAUGGAUUGGAUGGCUGCAUACAUAACUCGUGCUCUCUCUCGUACUCUCUCUCCUUCCAUACGAAUGAUUUGUGACAAGCAGGGACGGGGGGUGGGAGCCGAACGGCUGUCUCUGUCUGUCUGCCUGCGCCUGUCUGUCUGUCUGUCUGUCUCUCUGUCUCUCUGUCUCUCUGUCUGUCUGUCUCUGUGUGGCCGCUGAGCCGAAAAGCUCUCAGUAAAUCGCUGCUGCUGCUAGAUGGACCAAAGAUGCUCGUCUCUUCCUCCACUACCACCACCCCACCAGACAACACAACUUGCCCGCCCUUCUCACUCCCUCACGCAUCCAUCGACUUUCUCGUGUGUGCCUCACCGUUUUACGUACGUAUGUGUGUGUGUAUGUGUGUAUGUGUGUAUGUGUGCCGUCGUCGUGUUUCGCUCUCACGUGUCGCCAUUCAUUUCAUGCUUCCGUCCUUUUGUUUAUUUCCUUUUGUCUCUAUGGAUGGAUGGAUGGAUUGACACACACACACACACGCACGAACACACACACACACAUGGAGGCGGGACGGGGGAAGGAAGUGGUUUUAGUUUCCAACCAAAGCGGAAGGGAAGGAAGAAUGAUCGAUGUCCUACCGACAUACACACACUACUAUGUGUCUGCGUGCUUCCAUUCCAUUUCAUUUCAUCACACCCCACCUGAAUAUCAUGAC